UGUCGUUCCCAGGAUAACCACAAGCUGUACAAGCAGAAACUCGAGGAGUUGACCAAGCUCCAGGAUGGCAUCUCCAGCUCCAUCGCACGGCAGAAGAAGAGGCUGAAGGAGCUGUCUAUCUCCCUAAAAAAAUGCAAGGCCCAUGCGAGUCCUGAACAGGAGGAAUCCAUCCAAGAGACUCAGAGCCUCAUAAAAGAGAGGCAGAAUGUCUUCUUCGAGAUGGAGGCCUACCUGCCAAAGAAGAAUGGGUUGUACUUGAGUCUGGUGCUUGGGAACGUGAACGUCACACUACUCAGCAAGCAGGCUAAGUUUGCAUAUAAAGAUGAGUACGAGAAGUUCAAGCUCUACCUCACAAUUAUCCUGCUCAUCUUGUCCUUCUCCUGCCGGUUCCUCCUCAAUUCCAGGGUGACAGAUGCUGUCUUCAACUUCCUCCUGGUGUGGUACUACUGCACUCUCACCAUCCGGGAGAGCAUCUUGAUCAACAACGGAUCCAAAAUCAAAGGCUGGUGGGUUUUCCAUCACUACGUCUCCACUUUCCUCUCAGGUGUCAUGCUGACUUGGCCAGAUGGGGUCAUGUACCAGAUGUUCAGGAACCAGUUCCUCUCCUUCUCCAUGUAUCAGAAUUUUGUGCAGUUCCUGCAGUACUACUAUCAGAGCGGGUGCUUGUAUCGGCUCCGAGCGCUGGGCGAGCGGCACAACAUGGACCUCACUGUGGAGGGCUUCCAGUCCUGGAUGUGGAGGGGCCUCACGUUCCUGCUUCCUUUCCUGUUCUUUGGGCAGUUUUGGCAGCUCUACAACGCCGUCACCCUCUUCCGCCUGAUGCAGCACCCGGAGUGCAAGGAGUGGCAGGUGUUCAUGUGCGGCCUCCCUUUCCUCAUCCUCUUCCUGGGGAACUUCUUCACCACCGUCCGCGUUGUCCACCAGAAGUUUCAGAACCAGAACAAAGACACGAAGCAGAAGUGAAGGGGGCAGCGUGGGGGCCAAGAGGGUUUCUCCCCCAUCUCCAUCUCCCACUCCUCUUCUUGCCUCGAUGCCGUCCAGACUCUGGCAGGUCUCGCCCCAUUCCUUCGAAGCGGGUUUUCCUGGACAUGGGACAGAGCUCAGGG